GGCAGCAGAGGGCGCCUCUGGCUCCCGUGUCCAGCCUGCUGGGGCUGGAGAGAGGAGAGGGAGCGAAAGCUCGAGCGGCUCCUGCCACGUAUUCCUCCCGGCCGCUGCGGUGAGGCUGGAAGCCGAGGUUAGUGGGUCAGAGAAGAGCUUUGGGCUGCCUGGAAUUUCCUGGGUUUUCUGGCUGGUGAGUCUUCAGCUCAUCCUGUACUGUAUACUGAUUAGUUGUCAGAUGAAUAGUCAGGUCUUGCCUCCAAAGCAGCGAGUUUGAAAGAAGAGGAGCGGGACGCAUUUCUGGGGAAGCUGCUCAGGAUGAGGCAGCUCAAAGGCAAGCCCAAGAAGGAGACUUCAAAAGAUAAGAAGGAGCGGAAGCAAGCCAUGCAGGAGGCCCGGCAGCAGAUCACCACGGUGGUGCUGCCCACGCUGGCCGUGGUGGUGCUCCUGAUCGUGGUGUUCGUGUACGUGGCCACGCGCCCCGCCACCACCGAGUGAGCCGGCGCCCCCUUCAGGAGAGAGCGGGGAGGCGGAGAGGAGCCGGGAGGGGGGAGCGGAAGCCGCCGCCGGCCGGCCGGACGCUCCCGUCUCCUCCCGCCCUGGGCUUGAUGCAAGUCUCUCAGUCCUCUCGGAAUGUAGUAGGAAAUGUAUUAUCAGUGAAUGUGCCAUACACCUUAUGGUCCACUUCAUGUGCCUUUCAGACUUAAAAAAGGGAGUGUUUCUUUCUCCAGCUGAUGUCCAUGUAGCUCCACCCGGAGAAGGGCGAAAUCUGCCGUGCCAUAAAUCUGUGUGAUCAGCUUCCCACCCAUCCUGCCAUCUAGAGCGUGAUUGCUAUGACUCUCAUCCCUGUGCUUCUCCACUUCCCAAGGGACUGCCCGUCUCUGUGCUUCAUGUGAUUUGAAAUAUAUCAAUUCUAAGGUGAAAUAUUUAUUUUUGGAAUAAAGGAGAUUAUAGCCUUAAA